UAGUAUUCUGGGCCACGAUCAUCGAGCUUCGCCGGGAGCCCGGGCAAAACACAGACCAAGAAAAAUGAUAUAUAUUAUAAUGGGAGUCUCCGGCACCGGAAAGUAGGUGUUGGCUGUUAGUCCAUGUCCGUUCCCACGUUGUGAAAUGCCGUUAAAAUGAAAAGGAUCAACGUUAGGGAUCUUCCUGUCGGAAAAGCUCGGGUGGCCGUUGCACGAGGGGGAUGACUUUCACCCGCGGGAGAACGUUGAGAAGAUGGCUCGCGGGGAGCCCCUCACAGACCAGGACAGAAUACCCUGGCUCCUGAAACUACAUGAUGUUGUACUUAGCGAGAGGUCUGCUGGUUCAGACGCCAUCGUGGUGUGUUCAGCCCUCCGCCGCCUCUACAGACAGAUCCUUCUUUUCGGCCGCAACGCCCUCACUUCCUGUCCUGCCCAGGCUGCCCCGCCCACCCUGCCGGAUGUGUGGUUCCUCUUCCUGUACGGCUCCUAUGACCUCAUCCACAGCAGGAUGCUGGGCCGCAUGGGACACUUCAUGUCACCUGACCUCCUGCGCUCCCAGUUCGACGUCUUGGAGCCUCCGUCGGAGGAGGAGAACGCCCUGACGCUGGACAUCCGCAGGAGCAUUGCUGACAUCGCCAUGGAGAUAAAGGCCCACCUCCUUAGCAUCAGUUCGUAACCACGGACACGGCUGGAGGGAACUAAGACCCUGGUCGCUGCCUUCACAGCAGCAAUGGAGAACCCUAACCCUUUUUUUAAUGAGUCAAAACACAGCACAUAAUAAAAAUGUUUUUGGAUGGUC